AUGUCUUCUUGUCGAUCCUGGCAACCUUGGAAAACAGCGGCAUCGACAGGUGAGGGGACGCCUCAAAAGCCUCCAGAACCGCAGAUGGUACGUCUGUCCUGCUCAUCGCUCUCCACCUUCUUGAGGGAGGGCGCGGAUGGCGGCGGCGGUGAUUUCGCGUGCGUAGUUGAAGCCGAGAUCCCAAUCGCUGUCGCGCGCUUCGACGAAAGCUGGGUAUUCCGCGAUUUUGGCGCAACGCUCCUGCAUUGCAUCACGCUCGGCGCGCACAAAUGCAGCAAGCUUUGUGGCAUCCUCUCGGAUAACCUUGUCAUCCCAUUCACCAGCCGAUUGCUCGGUCACGAAAGCGACGCAUCGCGCAAAAAGUCCCACCAUCUCACUC